CCAUCCCAUUCGAACGCCCGUUGAAGGUCUUUCGCGGUCGCGGGCAUCAUCGAAAUCAACAGAGAGCCGUCAAAUCCUCAAACCGCACUCGCGCUCACUCAACUCACCCAUCAAGAAAAGACAAUCAAAACCGUGUGAGCUGAGAGAAGUGUUUCGCAAUCGGUCGGUCGGUGUGUUGGAUUUUUCGAGUCGGUGGUCCAUCGCAGAGUUUCGCGGAGUUGUGGGCCAGAUUUGCUGGAGAAAAUUGCCGCCGAAGUGAGUGGAGUUGUUGGUGAUUGUGCGCGCGGUGGAAUUUAUCGUGGUUCCGAACGCAAAAAGCCCGAUUCGAUUGACCGUUCAUCGGUCGGUCGGGGCCUGCUGCUGCUGCUAGGUACGACGAUUACGAACGGAGAAGAGUGGGCAAAGUCGUCUGACGAAGAGAACGAACGAGGAGAGUGUGUGCGGUGGGGUGGUGGAAGAAAACCUGAACCGAAGUGUGACGGCGCGGGUUCGCGAAGUCGCUCGCUCCCGCUCGCUCGCGGUGAGAUUUUGGUGAGGGUCAGCAAUUUCGACCGACGACUCGCUCUGUGAACUUGUCAUCAUCGCGGCGCGUGGAGCUUCUCACCGUGUGUUGGGUGAGUGCUGUUGAGAUCCGCGAUCUAUUUUGUGUGAGAGCAGCCAUCAGGUGUGUACGCUUUCUCCCAGGUGUGCGCUGAGAAGAGCACUCACACUCACCUGCCCCCGGACUCUCACUCUCCAGCCAGAGAUAGAGAGAGAACACACUCACUGCUCGCCGUCCACACGAUACAUGGUGAUCAUCGUGGCCCCGUUCGUGUUGCUGCUACUGGUGGUGGUCGGUUAAGGCCUCCGAAUCUUCCACAAGAUCCUCGGAUCGGGCGAAGAUCCGACGAAAAGAGCUCGAAAGCUCUCGAGGGGGGUUUCCAGCGUAAUGCUGCCGACCGAUCGGCUCACAAUUCUUUUGACUAUGGCGUGUUUAAGUUCGUCGAAUCGGGUCUGCGCCCGCGUUGUGCAGGAAAAACUGUGUCAGUUUGUUGUUGGCAAAAAUUAUCACCAUCAGCAACAGCAGCAGCAGCCAAAGGUGGUGGCGGCUGGUGCCACAGUAGCAGCAGGUGUUGGAACCGGAACUGGAUCCGGUAGUUCUGCUGCUGCGGCUGGGAAAAGUGUCGGAAAUGGUGUUGUUGGCAAGAAAACGGUCGUUGGCGGCGGUGGCAGUUCCGGUCCGUUGUUUACUGCGGCGUUGAAAUCCGGUGUUGGUGUUGGGUCGUUCGGCGGUGGCGGCGGGGGUAGUGUGGAAGCAGCAGCUAUGAAAUAUGGACCAAGUGUCGGAAUGUUCGGUGGUUCGUCGUCGUCGAUGAUGGCGAUGAUCAACGGUGUCGGUAGUGUUCGCAAUUUCUACAGCUCAUCUCUGGUACGCAAUCUCUUCAAAAAGAAUCAGCCAUCAAGCAGUUCACAGAUCCUCCUCCCGCCACCAGUAGUCAUCACACAGUCAGAGUCACACCCCUGCAUGCGAGGUUACAGCUCCGUUCACACACAGCAGCCGGCCGGUCCCAUUCGGGAGUACAACAUCGAUCCGUACAUCCUGCUGGACGAGGAGCUCAAAUACAUCUUCGAAGACAUCAGACAAGAAAUCAACCGUGCCACCAACCACCAAGAGCUGAAAAAGAUCGCCGUCUACUACUUCGAUGGCCAGGGAAAAGCGAUCCGACCGAUGGUAGCGAUGCUGAUGGCCAAGGCCCUCAACUAUCACAUGCACAACGAGACCAGCAACGUAGUGCACGCACAGCGACAAAUCGCCAUGAUUUCGGAGAUGAUUCACACCGCCAGUUUGGUCCACGACGAUGUCAUCGAUCAGUCCUUUGCGCGGCGGGGUAAACCUAGUGUAAACGUAAUAUGGAAUCAUAAAAAGGUGACGCAAGCAGGCGAUUAUGUUCUAGCUGUUGCAUCGAUGCUGUUGGCCCGCCUUAAACACGACGAAGUCACGCACAUCCUCAGUCAGGUGCUGACAGAUUUAGUGCAGGGAGAAUUCAUGCAGCUAGGCUCCAAGGAAACCGAAAACGAACGAUUCGCUCACUACUUCACCAAGACGUACAGGAAAACGGCGUCCCUGAUAGCGAAUAGUUUAAAAGCGGUGGCAGUCCUGUCCGGUGCGGACGAACAGAUGGUUGAGCUGAGCUUCCAGUACGGUCGGAAUCUGGGUCUGGCCUUCCAGUUCGUGGACGAUCUGCUUGAUUUUGUGUCCAGCUCCGAAGCGAUGGGAAAACCGGCGGCAGCCGAUCUGAAGCUGGGGCUGGCCACCGCGCCGGUGCUGUUUGCGUGCGAAAAGUUCCCCGAGCUGAACCCGAUGAUCCUGCGCCGCUUCCGGGAGCCGGGCGACGUCGAGCGGGCGUACGAGCUGGUGCACCAGUCGCAGGGCCUGGAGCAGACACGCUUCCUCGCGCGCAAGCACUGCAUCGAGGCGCUCCGGCUAGCGUCGCAAAUCAGCGAAUCGCCGUAUCAAAAGGGUUUGAUAGUGGUCGGCGACUUCGUGCUGAACCGAAUGAAAUAACAGAAGAACCGAGAUGGACCGAUGACGACGACGACGAAGUAGGCGAGCAGCAGCAGCACAACACAAGAACAAUAGUCGAUUGUUAGAGAGUUGGAUAAAUGUUUUGUUUUGUGGAAAGUAGAAGAGAGAUGAGAGAGAGAGGGAGAGCGUACGAGAGUGUGUUCGUUUGGGUGUUAGUGUUUUUUGAGUGCAUGCGAGUGUGUGCGUGAGACCGCGAGCUUUGUUUACUUCGAUAGAAGCAAGUAAAAACCGAGUUUCUUCACAGCUGUGGUUUGGAUGAAAGUUCUGUUUUUGCGAAUAAAUAUUCUUAACAGUAGGUAAAAGCAAAUCAAAAGAGGAAAAGCAAGCGUAUGUGCGCGUGGAACCAGUGCGGGUUUUUUAGAAAUCUAAUUUUAAACUCUUUUCCGUGUAAAAAAAACUCGAGAUAUGUAACUAGGAAGUCAGUUAGGUUUAUUUAGCAAGAAGAAAUAAUCCGUUUAUUAAUCAAAGUUAGUUGAUCGUAGGUUAGGUUUUGGUUUAAGUUCACCCCGCAAGAAGGGAACGAAGUUUUCUGGGAUUGUUUCGGGUUUUUGGGAGGUUUCGUUUCCGGCUUUCGGGUGACACGUAACAUCUAUCCUCUCCGUCUGUACUCUUUUUACCGGGUUAGCUGAAUUGGAGGUGUACGAAGUGCAAUGAUAAUCCCUUUGAUUCAUGUCUGUUUAGGAUAUUUUACAUAGUGUUUUUUUAUUAUUAUGAUUUUUUUUCAGUGUGUGAGUGAGUGAUACCGUACCGGGUGUAGAAGAUUUCAUUUCGUUUGCAGUGAACCAUAUAGUCAAGUUCUGUCAUCCGGUUCCUAACAGUUUGACACAGAUUUUUCCCCCACGAUAAGCAUCACAUUUUACCUUAAUAACGAAACAGAUUUCCAUAUCGUCAUCCCACAUCGUCGGUUUGUCGGAAUUUGACAGUUCUGUCAAAUGCCAGCACAAAUCAUGGCCAGCCUUGAUUUCAAAUGGUUUUUGACUCGCUUCGGUCACCGGAAUGUUUGAGAAUGCAAAGAAAAAUGAAGCUACACAGGAAAGACAUGGUCGAAGUAAGCACUGCCAUUCAUUCGACAUAUUUGUUUAGAUAGGGGAAAAAGUUUGACAGAUUGCAUUAGUGUGAGUGAGUGUUUGAAUGCACGAAAAUCCGAUGUUUCAAUGUCUUUUUUAUUCAGUGGUAAAAAAAUUGGUUUUUGAUUGUUUGCGUGACGAGCGAAGAAGCGCGCGAGAUGGGAUAAACACAAUACAAUUGUAAUAACAACAGGAGCCUUAGUAGAUUACAAGACAUGAAAGAAAAUGUAAAUAAACAAGCGUAGUUAAGUCAAAUUGGAAGAAACCAGCAGGAGAGACACGCGAGAAACGAAUGUGUUUAGUGUGUGCUAGCUCGUAAGUGUCAAACGUAGGCCAAUAAGCGACCACUAGCUGCUCAAUUAUUGUUUAAAACAACGCAAGUACCAGAUCCCAGAUUCUUAUUCUUUCUUAAUUAUUAUUAUUAUUAUUAUUUCCACCUUAACCCACGUCAGUUAAUUUGAUAAAAUCAAAGAAACGAAUGCAACACGCAACACACCCCACUCUGUACAUAGUUAGCUAUAAUUUAACCUCUAAGGAAAACGUCGUGGGAGUGACGUCUAGCGUAUCACAAACACACAAACACACACAUUUGUAUGCACUUGUUAUUUUUGCGAUUAUUCUAUCUAUUUGUUCUAUUGUUUAGUUCUACCCCUUACGAAAAAGGAACCGUCUAGGUAACAUAACCUCAUCCCCAAUGAAAACUCAACCCUUUGUCGCUGGGAAUCACUGUCCUUUCAUACUUCACUUUUUAUUCCUUGUUUAACCUGAUUUGACAAACCGUCAACCGACAGAUACAUUAACCAAUGAUUCAAAAAGCAGCUGUCGAGCAAAUCGCCAAAAAAAUCGAGGUUAUGCAAUUGUACUCAAAAAUUGGUCACCCUAGCAAGUUACCAGGACCAUCCAAUCACCACAACCACCACCACUACGCCGCCAACUAGAUCAAAUGGGAGAAAAACAAUGCACAUUAUUGUACAGCAAUACUAUACAUACCGACAGACACUCACACAUACACACGACACGUGGCAGUCUCGACUACUUUCACUCAAGUAGGAGGCGAACGAAUCCAAGCUUGCGGGGCGAUGAGAUGAUGAGAUGAAGCCCUGCGUGUAAGCGCCAAGUGGAAAAUUCCGUCCUAAUGGCGACGACAGAGGGCAGACCUAGCAGAAAUUUGUGUUCAACCGCGCGGGAAGGGGGUUUUAUAGGCCAGAAACCAAGCACAUUGAUUGAGGAAGCGCAAUAGGGAGGACGAAUGCCUCCCGACAUUAACACAGAGUAGGCGACGAGCGCAAGACAAGUUAAAAUUAUACACACACAAUAGAGCAUUGUGAAUGAGGAGAAAGAGUCGGUCGUAGUUGGCAUCGCCGCAAAUCACAUACACACAGGGGCGACUUCCGGCCACCACCGUCCGAUCGAACACGGUAGGCGGCGGUCGCGAGGGAUGGCGGCGAUGACAACCACGACGAAAAUUAAGAAGAAAAAAAAAAAGAACCGUCGACCUAGAAACAAGAGAUGUAUAUUAUCAUUACUAUAUUUUACGCAAAUCUUUACACACAAACACAGACACACACACCGAACAGAGAAAGGAUGUUUUUGAUAUGUAAUGAGUAAAAAAAUGAGAAAAGAGAAAAUAAAUGAGACUAAUCAUCUAUCAGCA